CGCUGUGAUUGGUCGAAUUGUACCUUGGGAUCGGUCACCAUUGAAAUAUCCUUCUCCUCGGAGCUGAUUGCCAUGCAGGGUGUCCUGCGCCGGUUCCUUCGCCGCGAAGCGUCGUCCGUGUCGACCACCGUAGCACAUGCCUUGCCUCGAUGGCAGCAACAUGCGUUGCGGCCGCGGGUGAUGGGAUUCCGCCAAACCCGACACAAGUCAUCGCUACCCGUACUGCACACUGUUUCUGCCACCACCGACGACGACGAGUAUGACAGCGGCGACGAGUUUGAGUCGUUGACGAAAGCCGACUGGUUAGAACGUGCGCUCAACUUGACGCCGGCAGAGCGCCGGCUCAAGUUUAGCAAGACGAACCAGCCAACCUUGGGCCACCGACCAACGCAUGAGAUCGCGCCCGUGGUGCUCGAACACGGCCCUGGCUUUUCGCUAGACCUGUCCGCGUACGACGAGAUGAAACCCAGCGCGGUCGAACGCCAGACGCGCCUCGGCGACAUGACCACUGAGGAGAUUGAUGCGUGGCUCGAAGGCUUUGACAUUCCCGACGAAGCGGCGAAGCUCAACAAGUCGCCCGCCGAAGUCCGGCACUUGUACGCCAAGCAGCUCCGCCUUGAACAAGCGAUAUACGAAUUGUCGCUGGAAAAGCUGCAAAAAACGACCCAAAACGUUGCCGAACUGUCGAAAGGCGCCGAAGUCGGGACGGCCAAGGCGUACAUGGCCAAGUGGGAUGGCCCGAUGGUGAAGGCGAUUCAACAGCUCAAGAUUGACAUCGCGGACGAUGACAACACCGACUACAUCGUGGAUGGCAAGCUGUUUGGGCCCAUUUUGUUUUUGCUGCCGGCCGAAGUCCUCGCACAGAUUGUGAUCAAGACUGCGCUCAACCACGUGCUGCUCGAAGUCGACGGCGUCAAGUUUAUCAAGAUUACGCUCGGCCUGGGCAAGGAAAUUCAGGACGCGAUCAUUGAACAGCGCAACAAACUCAAUAAACCUACUUCGUUCCAUCACGGCGGUGGCUUCCAAAAGCCGUUCGACCGCAACGCUCCGAAGCGCGUCGCGUCGGAGGAAGACAAGCUCAAGUUCUUCUCCAAGCUGUUCAAGACGCUGAAAAAGCCCAUGAUCGACAAGUCGCUCAAGUACUUUGACGAAGCAGGGUCGUGGAGCAAAGAAAUCCAGCUCAAACUCGGGUCGGCCUUGCUUGAUCUGCUCGAGAACAACUGCUAUGAAGACGGCGGUGACGACGACAGCCAAGUUCUAACGCACCGCGAACGUGCAACGUCCCAUCUCCAGACCGAAUUUCCCGUCCCGCAAAAGCGCCACAAGGCGUUUUUGCACUCUGUCAAGUACGAAAACAAUCGCCGGUAUGGCAUCAUUCAGUGCAGCCCUGCCGUGUACAAGCGCAUCAUGGACGGCGACGUGUUUCUGCCUGGGUUUGCCCGCUACCUCCCCAUGGUGGUGCCCCCGAAACAUUGGCAAGGCGUGGAAAACGGCGGGUACUUGACGAUUCCGACCAAGAUCAUGCGCCAUCGCGACUCGGGCAAGUGGCAGCUCCAGUGCGCCGCCCGUGGGGAGAUGACCGACGUGAUUCGGUCGCUCAACCUGCUCGCGGACAUUCCGUGGGUGAUCAACAAGGAAGUGUUGCAGGUUGUGAUGGACGUGUGGAAGUCUGGCGGCGACUUUGGCGACUUGCCGCCGCGACGCGACCUCCCGAUGCCCGCGGAGCCCGUCCUCGAGUCGUACAUGCACAUUCCGAACGAAGCCGAGCGCGACGCCAAGUUCAAGGAGGACAUGGACACGUACUGCAAAACGGUCCGCAAGGUCGAGAAGAAGAACCGCGAGUACAAUUCGCUCCGGUGCGAUACCGUGUACAAGCUCCAAGUGGCCGAGGAGUUCCAGCACGAAGAAGCGAUUUACUUUCCGUACAACAUGGACUUUCGUGGACGCGUGUACCCGAUCCCGCCCAACUUGAACCAUCUUGGCAGCGACAUGUCCCGCGCCCUUCUCAUCUUCAAAGACAAGAAGCCACUUGGUCCGGACGGUCUGUACUGGCUCAAGGUCCACCUCGCGGGGCUGUACGGGAUCGACAAAUGCUCGUUUGACGACCGCGUCAAAUUCGUCGACGAGCACAUCCCACAGAUCCUGGCGAGUGCCGCCGACCCCCUUGGAGAGUCGGAAGACGCGCGGUGGUGGCAGCAGGCGGAAGCGCCGUUCCUCACCUUGGGCGUUGUGUUUGAACUGGCGCGCGCGAUUCAGUCCCCCAACCCGGAGGAGUACUUGAGUAAUGUCCCGGUCCACAUGGACGGGUCGUGCAAUGGACUCCAGCAUUAUGCUGCGCUCGGUCGUGACCAAGCCGGUGCCGAGCAAGUGAAUUUGGUCAAGGCGGACAAACCCCAGGACGUGUACACGGGCGUCGCGUCCCGCGUGAUUGAGCAGAUGGAGCGCGAUGCCGCCGUCCCUCUCUGCACGUUCGAAGAGUGCCUUGCCAAGGUGCGUGAAACCAAGAGCCACGAAUGGGCCGCACUUGUCGCCGCGCACGAAACGUACUUGGCCGCCGAAGCCGACUACAAUAAAAAGUGCCACAGCCGCAAGCGCGGCGAACGCAUCGGCCACAAGCCCAAGCCCGUUGCGCGGCCAGACGAAGACGAAUACUUCAAACGACAAGCACUGUACCUGCAGCAAGAAAUCGCAACAAACAAAGAGUAUGCCAAUAUGCUCCUGAACCACAUCAGCCGAAAGGUCGUCAAGCAGACCGUCAUGACGUCCGUGUACGGUGUGACAGCGAUCGGUGCGAGGCGGCAGAUCCAAACGCGUCUGGAAGAAAUUUUCCUCCUUCAAGGGCGCGACAUGGACGACGAGCUGGAGGAAAAGAUUUACCUGGCCGCCAAGUACGCGUCCGACUUGACCAUGGGAAGCAUGACCAACUUGUUUGCGGCCGCCCGCCAAAUCAUGACGUGGCUAUCGGAUUGCACGCAAAAGGUGGCGGAAGAAGGCCAAAUGAUGAGUUGGAUCACGCCACUUGGUCUCCCCGUGACGCAGCCGUACCGCCUGGACGCGUCCAAGCUUGUGCGGACGUCGAAGCAGCAUGUCGUGCUGACGCUCCCCGACUCGCGCAAGGUCAGCGUCGGCAAGCAGAAGACGGCAUUUCCCCCCAAUUACGUGCACUCGCUGGACUCGACGCACAUGAUGAUGACUGCCCUCAAGGUGAUUGGCGAAGACAACCUCGAAUUUGCCGCCGUCCACGACAGCUACUGGACCCACGCGUGCUCGGUGCCCCAGAUGAACCGCCGCCUCCGCGAAGAAUUUGUCGCAUUGUACUCGCAGCCGCUUCUCGCCGACCUCCGCGAACAGUUGGUCUUGCGCUUCCCUAACCAGCAAUUCCCCGACAUUCCCAAGACCGGCGACCUCAACUUGGAAGACGUGCUCGAGAGCCCCUACUUUUUCAACUAAGAGCCGACUCACCCUCGUCUCCCUCUAUUUAACAAGAAUUUUCCCACAUCAAACCA